GUCAGUCUUCAGCGAUGAGUCUCGACGCAACAGAUGCCUAACCACGUCGACUAAUCUGUAUGCUAUAGCUACCUCUAGGCGUCCCUCUGACUGGUGCGGGACGCCAUGCCCAGUGGAUUGGAAGACCAACUAUUCACUUGUGUUCGACCCUGCUCGCCGCGUUUAAUCUCGCCGGCGGUAUUCUACGCCAACCGACCUAUAGUCUAUUGCGCGCAAGAGACAGCGACCUGUCAGCUAUAAAGAAUAAUUGGAAUUGACCAAAAGUGGAUCUUUAGACAGAGUCUCCCAGGCGAGCUAGAAAAGCAUUCAUGUCUGCUCGUCACCCCGCGCGCCCACGGCGCAUCGACGACGCCCUCUCCCAACUUGUCGAUUCCCUUACCCCUCCCCUCUCGCUUUCAGACAUCAACGACGAUUAUGCAGAUGACGCAGAAGAUGCCCUCGCAGCGGCGGAGGAGAGACGACACCAGGAAAUUCUCCAGCGCUCGUGGCGCAUACUUGACACCCACACCAGCGCAGCCAACGACCCGGCUUCGCCAUCGAAUGCUCCGGGUCCAGGAAUAAACAGGAGGGGGAGCUUAGCAGGUGGGGAAAAUAUCAACAACGCGUCGGAUCUGAUCAAACGGAAGUUGCUGCGCGAGAACGCGAGCCCCGAUAAGGCCGUUCGAUUCUCCAACCUAUACUCGCGUUUGUUGACGCAGCCGGUCUUGUCGCAGAAAUGGGCGAUCUUAUACCUUCUUUAUCGACUCUCGAGUGCGGAUGACCAUGAUGGAUUUAUGGAUGAGGAGGGAGAGCCCCGAAGCCCCCUGGUAGAACCAGCGAAUCUGCAGAACGUGCUCUGGAAGGGUCAGAGGGCAAAACAGGUUUGGGGGGAUCAAUCUGAUGAGGAGGGCCCGGCGAUUAGCUCGUCUGCAUCUCAGUUGCCUGCUCGGAUCGAGCGACAGGCUUCGAUACGUCGGCAAGAAAUGGUGGCAGAUAAGGAACGAGAAUCUGAGCAUGACACUGGGUUACCAGCGGUGGAAAGGGCUCGCGAAACCCGAGUCACUCGGAGUCGGGCCAAUACUGGGGUGAGAGAACCGCUCAGCGACGAUCAAAGGACGAUACAACCGGAGCCUACUAGCUUGGAGAAAGAACACCAGCCAACUGCACCUCUGGAAGAUGGGCUCCUGCGUGAUCUACCAUUCAAUCUACAGGGCUUGUCCUCGUCGAACCUACAAUUCUCCUCGACCUCCACUUUAAAACUACCACCUUCACUACCUGUGCCGAUGGUAUCUCUUUUAAACUCCCUUGCAGAGCCCUGUCUCCUGUAUCGUGGUUUAUCGUCGUUCGUCGAGAGUUCAGUAGGUGGACUUCUCAGUCAGAGCUUGCGGGCAGCUCUCUCGAAUGAGCUCCGUUCCUACCUAGGUCUAGUUGCCACGUUGGAAGGGGAGAUUCGACGGGCGCUGGCCGCACCUGCGGAUCCGAGUGAUCCUAGGAGUGCCUCCAAGAGUGGUGUGACGUUGAAACGAUGUGUUGUCUGGACGCGAGAUGCAACAAUGGCGCUGCGGCUGAUGAGUCUUAUUGUUGAAGAAGCCCAGAACAAGAAAGGUGGUCAAUUGAUUUCCCUGAUCCAUGGCUUCUCGACUUCCCAUGGUGACCCCUUUGUAUGCGCUCUGGCGGAGAAGCUCCUUAACCAUGUUACCCGGCCGUUCUACGACAUGUUGCGACUUUGGAUUUACGACGGCGAGUUGUCCGACCCAUAUAAAGAAUUCUUUGUUGUCGAGCCGGAGUUUAGGCCCAGCACAGACCCGCGGCGGAUUGCAACCAGUGUUUGGGAGGAUAAGUAUAAGCUCGACGAUGAGAUGGUACCCUCCAUCAUCACACAAGACUUCGCUAAGAAGGUGUUCUUGAUCGGGAAAUCAUUGAACUUCAUACGAUACGGUUGUGGAGACUCGGGAUGGGUUGAGGCCUACUCAAAAGAAGCCUCCAAAGAGCUGCGGUAUGGCGAUACAGCUACCUUGGAGUCUUCGAUUGACAAAGCCUAUAAGACCACGAUGGCACGGCUGAUAUAUCUCAUGGACGAGAAAUUCAAGCUCUUUGACCAUCUUCGGGCGCUAAAGAAAUAUUUGUUGCUGGGACAGGGUGAUUUCAUCGCUCUGCUGAUGGAGUCAUUGGCUUCGAACCUGGACCGACCAGCUAAUUCGCAGUACCGCCAUACGUUGACUGCCCAACUAGAGCAUGCCAUUCGUGCUUCUAAUGCACAAUACGACUCCCCAGAUGUCCUACGUCGGCUGGAUGCCCGCAUGCUGGAACUCAGUCAUGGAGAGAUUGGCUGGGACUGCUUCACCCUUGAGUACAAGAUCGAUGCCCCGGUAGAUGUAGUCAUUACUCCCUGGGGCUCCACUCAAUAUCUGAAAGUCUUCAAUUUUCUCUGGCGUGUGAAGCGCGUAGAGUUCGCCCUGGGCAGUAUUUGGCGACGAUGCAUGACUGGUGCUCGAGGUGUCUUGGGGAGCGUCAACGACAAAGUCGGGCCUGACUGGAAGCGGGCAAGGUGUGUGAUCGCUGAGAUGAUCCACUUUGUUUGCCAACUACAAUAUUACAUAUUGUUCGAGGUGAUUGAGGCCAGCUGGGACCAACUCCAGGCUUCCAUUUCCAAGCCAGGAUGCACGUUGGAUGACCUGAUCGAAGCACACACUAAAUACCUCAACUCAAUCACGCACAAGGGCCUGCUAGGCUCUUCAUCCUCAUUCAAGAAUACAUCUACCAACAAGCCGGAAGAGGGUUUCCUAAGCCAGUUACACCAUAUCCUCAAGAUCAUGCUUGCAUACAAGGACGCCGUGGACGGCCUUUACUCUUUCUCCGUCGCAGAAUUCACUCGCAGGCAAGAACUCAGCGCAAAGAUCGAGACACGCACCGCGCAGGGUCGUUGGGGCGUUACCGAGCGCGAUCUUCUCUCAUCCAGGCGCACCCGAGGACACAAGGACUCCGUCUCGUCGUCCAUGUCUCCCUCGGUGGCGUUUACACCAAACAUCGGAAAUGGCGGCGACGACAUUGGUACCCCAUCCUCGGUGCACCAUGAUCUAUCCGCCGAUGACCAUAUGCUUGCAUCCCUGCGCGUCCGACUCCGGGACCUCUCAGCCGAGUUUCGUUCGCGACUGAACGUUCUCCUGGGCGACCUUGCCUACCAGCCUGAUGUGGAUAUGCGGUUCCUCGGCGUGGUGAUGAACUUCAACGAUGUCUACGAACCAGUUCGCCGCAGAAGAACCGCGGGUACCAGUUCUCGCGAUAAGGAAAGAGCGAGACGCAAGGCAGCCGCCGCCGCCGGGGCCAGUGCGGAAAGCAGCGCGUCCAAGGAGGCCAGGCGAGAGAGAAAGGACCCGUACGGAACGGAGAAUAGCGGAAAUGGAAGCGCAACGGGGCCCUAGUAGUCUCGUCUGCCUUAUCUCGGUCGGUUUUAUAUCUACUUGAGGAGCAUUUUGGUCUUGUUCACGGAGUCAAGGAUUCGAUUGGGAUGGGAAGGGAAGGGAAGCGAAGCGAAGUGAAAACAAAAAGUAAUGAAAGUGAUGACGAUCUCACGGGACUAUACGUAUAGAGAUAUCUCGCCAUAGGUUGUAUGUAUACCAAAGCAUAAUAUGUCAGUCG